GCGGCUAAAGCCCGAUCAACUUGGCUGCUGCUGCUGCUGAAGCGCGGGCGAGUCAGCGGAAAGGCUACCUGGAUUGUACAGAGCACAGGCGGCGAUGCGGGAUUAGGUGGCCCGGGCAAGCAGCGGAGAAUUCGAGAAUUUUGCGGGAUUGCAAUUUAACUGACACGACAUUUUUUUAAGAAAAAAAAAAAUUUCCCCUUCUUCAUACUGUUCUGCUUUGCAUUAUUUAUCAUCAUCAUCAUCAGAUCUGCGCGCUUUCCUCAGGAGCGCGCGCGCAUACGCGCCGGUCACGGAUCUGAAGAGUUGUUGUUGACGUUGUUGUUUUCAACUGAUUUUUUUUUUUUUUUUUUUUUUUGAAAAGCGGCUGCUAUUUUCGGUUAUCACGGGAUCAACUUGUUUUUUUGUUUUUUUUAAACAUGGACGUGCUGGCGAAUUACAGUAUAUUUCAGGAACUCCAGCUCGUCCACGACACGGGCUACUUCUCCGCGAUGCCGUCGCUGGAGGAGAACUGGCAGCAGACAUGUCUGGAGCUGGAGCGGUAUCUACAGACCGAGCCCAAGCGCCUCUCCGAUCUCUUUGAUGAGGAUUUGGACUGCCUGUUGACGCCAGGUUUCAUGAAAGGUGACAGCGACGAGGACCUAAUGGAUCCGUUGCUUCCCAGCCUGUCAGACCAACCUAGUCCGCCGCCACUGCUCGUGUCUUUGCCCAAAACCCUCCACACUCCAGCCAGCGGGAAAAACGUCGAGGCAGGAGCGAAAGAAGGCAACGGGGGCGUCCACCCAGCACAGCUGAGCGCCGUGACCUCGCUAACGCCACCCUCAUCACCAGAACUGGGACGGCACCUGGUCAAACCGACACAGACCCUCACCGCAACACCUGACGGCACACUCACGCUCAAGUUGGUUGCAAAGAAAGUAGGGCUGGCUACUGCCAAAUUGGUGGCGACGCAGUCCUUGCCUUCACCUCCGGCCCGGGGAGCACAGAGCGACGGAGAAGGAGGCUUGGGAUCGGCAGGACUCGGUGACAUCCCAGAGAACAAGAAGAGGGUCCAUCGCUGCCAGUUCAAUGGCUGCAGGAAGGUUUACACUAAGAGUUCUCACUUGAAGGCACACCAGAGGACACACACAGGUGAGAAGCCUUACAAAUGCUCCUGGGAAGGCUGCGAGUGGCGCUUUGCCCGCAGCGACGAGCUGACUAGGCACUACCGCAAGCACACCGGCGCCAAGCCCUUCAAGUGCAACCACUGCGACAGGUGUUUCUCCAGGUCUGACCAUUUGGCUCUGCACAUGAAGAGGCACAUCUGAGGAACGAAGGAGACAUGAGACGAGAGUGAAGGAGAGAAGGAGACAGAGAGAGACAGAGAGAGAGGGGAGAGGGGGAAAAACGUCUAAGGAGGAGAAGAGUUGUGCCCCGUCCAGAGAUGAAGACUCCUGUGGAGACCUCAAAAAGAACCCGAAGGAAACGGAGGCAGACGCAAAGCAAAAAAAACGCCAGGCAACGAGAUCACAAGAGCAGAGCUUGCUGGAUUCUUCACUUCUUGACAGUUUUCAAAAUGUAUACUCAUGCCAUUUUCUCAUUUAAAAAAAAAAAAAAAAAGGUUUCGUAGCUCAAGCCACUAGCUUGGGAAUCAGACACUGCCAAACGAUAGGCGUUUUGGUUUAGUUUUUCUCCGCACUAUUGCUCUUCUUUGUACAGUACAUCAUAAGUAUGGGACGGAAGACCUGUGAACACUGCAUUGCUCAGAAAACACAUCACAUUUAAUCAGAAAACAACACUUCAGCUCUGAAAAUGUACCUGUGCUCGCAGUUUGACCGACUAAACAAGAGAAAAAAACAAACAAACACACACACACACAAAAAAAAAAACACUUCUUUCUUCUUCCGUCUGCACCAAGGACUCAUAAUAGAAACCGAGCCGCAGUUCACGCCAUGUACAGCAAGCUGCCACUUUGGAGGACGACGUUGCCAAACAUUCUGGACAGUGACCAAUGGAGCUAGUGGCCAAAAGCAAGUCCCUGGAAGGAGCCCCUGCGCUGACCUCCUCUGCUCUUCGCUUCAGAGCGUGCUCCUCUCUUCACGCCUGUCACCUCGCAGGCAACCGAAACAAUGCGCAGCGACACUUUCUUGCCUUUUCUUUUUUUCUUUUUUUUUUUAAAGACAGUGUUACAAAAAACAAAAGAUUGUUUUUUUUGUGAACUGAUGUCUUAAAACUUCAACAAAAAAAAAAAACUUUUUUGCGUACAUGAGCGUGAAUGUGCACAUACGGGC